UCUCGACUGUGUAAACAUGUUCUCAGGAGGCCUCUGGAGAAGGCGGCUCUAUAGCCGACAUGCUGAGAACAACAGCAGAGGAAGCAUUGAACCAGACCAACUUUGUGUUUGAUGAAAGUUCCGGCAUGUACUACGACCACAGCACUGGAUUUUACUACGACUCUUCCAGUCAGCUGUACUAUGAUGCUAACACAGGCAUGUACUAUUACUUCGACCCAGAGAGCGGAAAAUACCAAUUCCACUCUAGGAUAGAGGUGCCUACAGCACAUCCCGAAGUGGAGCAGACGCCACAGAGGAAGACCAAAGAUUGGAAAAACAGGAAGUCGGUGAAGAACACCGAUAGAGCUUCCUGUCCCGACGGAGGGGUUCAGGAUUUGACUUGCUCAUUGGCUCAGUUGAAGAUAGACCAUUUGAGGCAGGUUGGAGUGAGAGGUACGGUCUUUAAUAGCUAUAAAGUUACACAGAGUUUUAGUAUUUUUCCCCCAAAUGGUCGUAACAAGUCAUUCAGUGAAAUUUUUUUU